AAUCACCUCUGGGAUUUUUAUUUUUUCUUAAACCAAAAACCACUGAAAAUUUUGAAAAAAAAAAUUUUUUUUUCUUGGUUUUUGUUAUACAAUUUUGUAAAUAAGUGAUUUUUCCCCUGCACUGAUGUGCGCUAAUGAGGCUGCAGUGAUGGGCAUUGAUAGGCGGCACUGAUGCACACUGAUAGGCGACACUGACUGGCACUGACAGGCAGCACUGAUUGGUGGCACUGACUGGCACUGAUGGG